AUGGCCUCCGCAGACACCCCCGCGACUGUGCCCUCGAACGACAAACUCACCGAGCUCAUCACCUCCGCAAACCUCCAAUACUCCCUCAAGAACUAUACUGCGGCCGCCGAUAUCUUCUCCCAGGCCACUGAACUCCAGGCCGAGCUCAAUGGAGAGAUGGCGCCCGAGAACGCCGAGCUGCUCUACGAAUAUGGCCGCUGCCUCUACAAGGUUGCCGUCGCGAAAAGUGACGUGUUAGGCGGCAAAGUCGCGUCUGAAGAGAAGCCAGACGAGUCAAAGAAGAACAAAAAAGCUCAAGCGGAGGCCAGUUCGAGUGCUGCGCCCGUAAAUGGCACCGAAGACCCAGCAGGCGCAAACAAGCCGGCAGAUGAUGUGAAGAACAAGCCGUUCUUCCAGUUAACGGGCGACGAGAACUGGACUGAUUCAGAAGAAGAGGACGAGGAGGGCGAAGGGGAGGAAGAGGGCGAGGACGAUGACUUCGCAAACGCCUACGAAAUCCUGGACGUUGGACGCGUGCUGCUCUCGCGACAGUUAGAGGCGCUGACAUCACAAGCGGCGUCCGGCACAGACGCAAAAUCUAAGCGCAAAGGCAAAACUACAUCUACUUCGGAAGACACGCCCGAGAUUCGACACAUAAAGGAACGCCUUGCCGAUACUCAUGACCUCCAGGCUGAGAUAUCGCUUGAGAACGAGCGGUUCAUGGACGCAAUAUCAGAUUCACGCGCCGCCAUCGAAUUACGGAAGCAGCUAUAUCCCCAGGAUUCGUCUAUGAUAGCCGAAGGUCAUUAUAAGCUGUCCUUGUCGCUUGAGUUCGCGUCAGUGUCUGCUGUUCGAGAUGCACAACGCGAGCAGGAGGCUGGUGGAAGUGCAGAUUCGAAACCGCAGAAUGCCGAGAUUGACAUGGCAUUGCGAGAGGAAGCUGCUGUGGAAAUGGAAGCAGCUAUCGCAUCCCUACAGCUCCGCCUGGAGAAAGAGGAGGCCGAACUUGCGUCACUACCUGAAGAUAAGAAGGAAGAUCGCAAACUGUCUAUUGCAGAUGUCAAAGAGAUGGCAGAAGAGAUGAACCUGCGCUUGAACGACCUCCGCACUUCCCCUACAAAGCAAGUGACAAACCCACUCGCAGACCUGUCUGGCGCAGACCCAGCCCUCUUCAAGGGACUGCUUGGUGAUCUCCUCGGCGCCGAUCCAGCUGCCCAGAAAGCGCGACUUGAUGAGGCCGCAAAGGGUGCAAACGACCUCACUGGUUUGGUCAGGAAAAAGAAGUCCACAGAAGCGAAGAAAGAGGAGCCGAAUGGCAAAGGUAAGAGAAAGCUGGAGGCUGACGGAGGGGAGCCAGCUGAAGGCAAAAGAGCGAAGACGGAGAAGGCGAUGUAG